GGCUGCAAUUCGCCCAAUAUUGGUCUCUGUUCAAGCUAUGGCGAUUUGGUGAUAAGAAUUCAGCAAGAUACAGUUAGUUGUUCAUGGCCGCUAUGGCCUUUACAAAAUUAUCGUUUGAUUAUAUUUCUCCUCCUUUCAGUUACCCUUCUUCAAAAACACUUCAAUUUCCCAUUCCAUUACCCAAAAUUCAAUCUUUGCAAAACUUUAGAGCUAAAAGUAUAAGAAUUUACUGUUCUUCCCAAACAAUUCAUUCAGAUAAAGAAAAUCAAACGAAUCAGACAAAAAAGAAGCAAAAACCUAGACCAAGCUUUCUCGAACAAGUUCAAGAUAAAUGGUCUGUUAAAACCACUUCAUUAAGGGAAAAAUUCCCUUGGCAAGAAUUAAAUUCAGUAUCAAUAGAAGAAGUUGCAGAACAAGACCUCCUUUCUUCUGUAUCAAAAACUGAAGAAAAUCCAGUAGUAAAUGAGUCAGUGAGUUCUGGUUCAAGAAUUAAGGUAAAUUUAGCUCCUUGGGUUCAUGGAAAUCAACCCAAAAAAUCUCAGCUUGAUUCUUUUGAGGCUAGAAAUUUUGAAAAGAAUGCUAAUUGGGAAAAUAAUGUUUCUGAAGAAUUGGAUAUUGAAUCAGGAAAAGAUGAAAAAGAUAUCAAAUUGGAAACAAAGGUUUCACAUAGAUAUGAGGUUCAGAGUUCCUCAAAUUUUGACAAGGGUAUUACUUAUGCUAAUUCAGUUAGAUUGCCAUGGCAAGGUGAGAGAGAUGUGGGACCUGCGAGCGGAGACAAGCUGAGAAAAAGUAAUACAGAAAUGGCAGAGAAAAUGAUACCUGAACCUCAACUGAAGAAGCUAAGAAAUGCAGCAUUGAGGAUGGUGGAGAGAAUAAAGGUUGGAUCAGCUGGUGUAACACAGGAACUUGUUGAUUCAAUUCAUGAGAAGUGGAAAGUGGAUGAGAUUGUUAAAUUGAGAUUUGAAGGUCCUCCUUCACAUAAUAUGAAGAGGACUCAUGAGAUUCUAGAGCAUAGAACUGGAGGAUUAGUGAUCUGGAGAUCAGGCAGUUCCAUAGUGUUAUACAGAGGAAUACCAUACAAGCUUCCUUGUGUACAAUCUUUUACGACAAGAAAUGAUGAUAUUGACGAAUCAGAGUCUUCAAAGAAUGAUAACGGUCAAAGCUUUGGAGUCAAAUCCUUAAAUGAAGCUACUGAAAGACCGAGAAAUGGUUUCAGUAAUCUGUCUGGUGCAGAAAUAAGGGAUUUAAGCGAGCUCAACAUGCUGCUAGAUGAAGUUGGUCCACGAUUCAAAGAUUGGUCAGGUCGUGAACCACUGCCUGUUGAUGCUGAUAUGUUGCCUGCUGUUGUUCCUGGCUAUAGACCUCCUUUUCGACGUCUUCCUUAUGGAGCUAAACUUAACCUUAAAAACAAAGAAAUGACGUACCUGCGCAGAACUGCGAGAAUUAUGCCCCCUCAUUUUGCUUUAGGAAGGAACAGAGAACUUCAAGGUUUAGCCGCGGCCAUGGCGAAGCUAUGGAGAGGAAGUGCUAUUGCGAAGAUAGCCAUAAAACGUGGUGUGCAAAAUACAAGCAAUGAAAGAAUGGCAGAAGAACUUAAG